UGUAAUAUUUACGCGCGCAAACUUCACGGUGAAGAUGCAGUCUAUUAGUUCAGAUAAAGAAGAUAUGGAAGAAGCUGAAAUGGAUCUUCCAGUGUCGUGUAGUUUUACUGAUCAAGCUAAGCAACGUGAAAUCCACCAGAGAAAAAUUAAUAAGACUAUUAUUGAAAAUCGCAUAAAAACCAAAGCACUCCGCAGAGCUAAACGUAAUGUAAGCAAACAAACAGACGGCUGCCAGUCUAGUGAAAUAGCUUGCCAAGAAAUCCAAUAUAUACCGCUGAAGGAUAAGGAAAAGUCAAAUGAAAAGGACUAUCUAGAAGAAGAAUUUAACUGUCCGGGAUAUUUUAACACAUCAGAUCAUCUUCAAUUUGGUGAAGACAAUGGUGAUCAACCUCCCAUACAAAAUAAAUCUCAAUCCUUGGACAUAUCAGCCAGCUCUUCACCGAACGAGAAUGAACUACUAUACGGCAACGAGUCCGAUGAAGGGUAUGAUGGCAGUGAAGAGCACGAUAAGAAUAAAUCAAAGACAAUACUUUUUGACAAUAUUGAUUCUUUUACAAUUAACACCUUGAAAUCCAAGGGAUCUGAUUUUGAAACACGAAAUCACAAGUCAUGGAAAAAAAUAAACAGGUUGAAUGGGAUUCAUGUUCGAAUACUGGAUAGCGCAAAUAUUGAAAACACGGCUCGUCAAAGAUGUGACAGUUUUCGAAAAAACCAAUUGUAUUCCUCUUCGUAUUCCGGGAGGUAUGGAGACGUUAAGCGAGUCACACCAAGCUUACUGAGAAACUUAUCAAGAAAGAAGAAAGCUAGAGCUGGAAUGCGUUAACUAUUUGACUAGAAAUCCUGUAAAUAUGAUUUUUCUUUGUUCUGUCAUUAAUAUGGUAAUCGCUCAAUGACGCUAUUCGAUCUACUGCUUGUUUUUAGAGUAAACUGUGUUUAUGUAAUAUAAAGCGCGGUGAUACUUAUAUUUGAAUUAUUGCAGUAAACAUCUCACUUUCUGAAAA